AUGGCGGCGGUGGGGAUGCAUGAGCGCCUGCAGAGGUCGGUGAAUCGCUUCAUUCGCAAGUGGGAGUCCGUCCAAGUCGAGCUCCAUGGCCAUUACUCCAUUGAGCGGUUUUCUGCAAUGAACGAGUAUUGUCGGUCUACAAGUUUAACACGUGCUGUGUUCGUGCUUCUCAUCACGCCAUUACCAAGUCUGAUCGUAGUUGCUUUGAUUGACGCGAUGCCGCUUGAGCCACCUGAACGAGGACUGGAGCACAGUACUAUGGUGUGGGUUCGUGGAGUAAUAACAUGUUUCAUCUACACACACAGUGCUAUUGAGCAAAUGCGUCUAUACAGUCCCAAUCUGAGACUGGAGCCACUAUCCGGACUCGGUAUCUCGCUGCCUACAGUAAUUCUCACGAGUGUGCUUACGUUGGGUUUGUCAUUUAUUUGUUGGCCACUUCCAUUCACAACUAUAUUAAUGUCGGGUCCGUGGCUUGGAUUUUUGAGUUUCUUUCUGCUUCGAGUCCGUGGAGCUCACAUGCGCGCGAAUCCAGAGGCGUUGCGAGACGUAUUACGCUUUGUUAGAAUCUGUGGAGUUCAAGUGUCGAUUGUACUGGUGUACGCAAUUUUUGUCACGAUUUUCACCAAUUUGUCGUCGACUUACCAGCCCGCCUUCGCCUUGUUGAUUCCAAUAUUUAAAGUUAUACAGAAGAACGCACUAAGCCGAAUUCUUGGCCACGACGAUACAAAGCCCCAAGUUGUCAUUCUCAACGUUGAAAUCUUUAAUGCGCUCUUCAUAUCGACGUGUAUGAGGGACUCGCAGUCCAUUGGCACCAGCAUCACUCUGAUGUCUAUAGAUCUUCUGCAAGCCGCUAUUUCGCUGGUCGACUUACACCGCAUGAUGAAUGAUGUUCAGAAUAUCUUGGUCAAGCAUGGAAUCCCAAGCAACGCUUUAAUCUCGACAGCUGAGCUCGUGCUGGCUAAUUAUCCUACCACAGCAAAUUGCCAAUCGACAACAAUCGACGCAACUCCACAACAACUUGCUAGAGUUUUUCUGAAGAAGAAGCAAGUGCUGCCUACGAUGAGCAUGCAAGUGGGAGGAUACGAACUUCCCAUUCCAAUCCCUAAGUCACAGUCUCUGAGAUAUGCAUCGCGAGUAUCUUCCAACUUUACGGAUAAAAAAUCUUCUAGAACUAGCUCGACAACUGGAGGCAAGAGAUUAUCGAGCCAAGAGCAUUAUCGACUACUCAAGAAGGCGCUGCAAAUACUUUUCCUAACUGAGUUCAUGCUACUUAUCGAGUUUACAGAAGUGUUGGUUCCAGUCAUAUAUGGUGGGUAUUUGACCAUCCUGUAUCAUUUACCAAAUCGAAGAUUUUAUCCCCAGCUAGCGAAUUUAUCGGAUCAAGAGCUUUGGGAUAUGGUUAUCAGCGUGUUGGAAUACGGGGUUCUAGAACUAGCAUCGCUGACACUUCUCGUUCUGGUACUUAACCGUCUCGUUCACCGCCAUUCGCUAAAACAACUGGCCUUUGUGUUGGAGCGAGAGUUCCUCAUGGUGCAGCCGAAACUCCUUCUUUGGGUCACCAUGACGAUGCAGUCCACACUUCCACAUCUCGGAGUCGACUACAGCUUCAAAUUUGCUUGGCUGAACCACACCAACAGCAACAACAAUACCAACACACAAUGA